AUUGCGCUUUCUCGUGCAGCUUUCCUAGUCAGCAGACGCCUGUUCUCUCCUGUUCUGACUCUGCCGUCUUUAAGACGCGGUUCUGAGAUGUCUCAGCCCAACAAGAAACUGCGGGAGAACGGAGACGCCAAGCAGAUAGGUACGCAUGACGGCACAUUCCACUGUGACGAGGCCCUGGCCUGCUACCUGCUGAGAAAACUCCCGCGGUACCGCGACUGUGUGAUUGUACGGUCUCGGAACCCGGACGUGCUGGCCGGCUGUGAUGUCGUGGUGGACGUCGGCGGGAAGUAUGACCCAGCAACGCACAGGUAUGACCACCACCAGCGAACCUUUACCGAGACGAUGCACAGCCUGGUACCGGAGAAGCCCUGGGUGACCAAGCUCAGCAGCGCCGGACUCGUGUAUCUCCAUUUCGGACAUGAGAUCAUCGCAAACGCGCUCGGAGACAGGGGCGAUGACAAGAAACUCUGCAACGUGGUGUACGACAAGGUCUACCAGAACCUGAUAGAGGAGAUAGACGCGAUAGACAACGGGAUUUCCCAGCACGAUGGGAGCCCGCGGUACGCCAUGUCCACGCACCUGAGCGCCCGCGUCGGCCGGCUCAACCCCGGCUGGAACGAGCCAGACCAGGACACCGACAACCGGUUCCGCGCCGCCAUGGCCAUGGUCGGGGAGGAGUUCGAGGAUCGCGUGCGAUACUACAGCCAGGUGUGGUGGCCGGGGCGGAAGCUUGUCCGAGACGCGCUGGACGCCCGGCAGGACGUUGACCCCAGCGGAGAGGUCAUCCUGAUGGAGCAGGUGUGUCCGUGGAAGGAGCACCUUUUCGAGCUCGAGCGCGAGAUGGGCGUCGCGCCGGGCGUGAAGUACGUGCUGUACGCGGACCAGGGCGGGAACUGGCGCGUGCAGUGCGUCCCCAUCGAGCCGCAGUCCUUCCAGAACCGCCUGUCGCUUCCCGAGGCGUGGCGCGGAGUGAGGGAUGAGGAACUCAGUAAACUCAGUGGGAUCGACGGCUGCAUCUUUGUUCACGCUUCGGGGUUCAUUGGAGGGAACAAGACUAAAGAAGGAGCUCUACUCAUGGCACAGAAGGCGCUACAGAUGUCUAAAUAAACAAACAAACAAACAAACAAACAAACAUGAGGGGAGUCAGGGACCAGGAACUCAGUAAACUCAGCGGGAUAGACGGGUGUGUUUUUGUUCAUGCUUCAGGUUUUAUUGGAGGGAACAAGACUAAAGAAGGAGCGCUACUGAUGGCACAGAAGGCACUGCAGAUGUCUAAAUAAACAGAAAACAA